CCCAGACUGCUGAGGACCGACCGACCGAGCGACGCCAUCUUGGAGCCGUCAGUCCAGUGUUGUUACCACCUUAGCUUAGCUUAGUUUCGCCUCAGCUGUUGUUUUGCAGGACUAUCAGGCGUUGAGCCGAGCGUGCAGAAACCAUGGGGAGAAAGAAGAAGAAGCAAAUGAAACCGUGGUGCUGGUACUGUAACCGAGACUUCGAUGAUGAAAAGAUUCUCAUCCAGCAUCAGAAGGCCAAACAUUUCAAGUGUCACAUCUGUCACAAGAAGCUGUACACCGGCCCUGGGCUCGCGAUCCACUGCAUGCAGGUACACAAAGAGACCAUUGAUGGAGUUCCUAAUGCAAUACCUGGAAGGACAGACAUUGAACUGGAAAUAUAUGGCAUGGAGGGUAUUCCAGAGAAAGACAUGGAGGAAAGGAGGAGAGUGCUAGAGCAAAAGAACCAAGAAACGCAGAAGAAGAAGCAGAACCAGGAUGAUUCUGAUGAGUAUGAUGAGGAUGACGAGCCUGGUCCCUCCUUCCAGCAGACGGCUGCAGGCCAGACCCCAGCAGGCUACAUCCCCCCUAUCCCCCAGCCUGGCUUGCCUCCGGGCUCAGGUGCCACAGGGAUAGCGCCAGGCAGCUACUCAGGAAUUCCCCCGAUGAUGCCAGGUGUGCCACCAAUGAUGCCAGGAAUGCCUCCUGUAAUGCAAGGAAUGCCUCCAGGGAUGAUGCACAUGGGUGGGAUGAUGCCUCCAGGUCCAGGGAUGCCUCCGAUGAUUCCAGGUAUGCCACCAGGCAUGCUUCCCCCAGUGGGCCACCAUCCAGGCAUCACACACAUGGCUCAGUUGCCCCCCGCUGCAAACAUGCUUACCAGACCUGCCAUUCCUGCUGUCUCUGCUCCCGCAGCCCAGCCUGAUGUCACCAAACCUCUGUUCCCCAGUGCUGGACAGAUGGACAGUCGGGUUGCAAGUACAAGUGCUGGGUCGCCAAGUGCAGACUCAGAGUCUGCCUCCCCUAUAGCUAUUGUCUCUAAUGUGUUUUCCUCUCUCCCCCUUCAGAGUCAGCAGACAGUGCCAGGGUCCCCCCACCCUCCCCCCUCUACCUCCUCUGACCUCUCAAAGCCCACAUUCCCUGCUUAUACUCAGGCCACUGCAUCUUUGGCCAGCCCCAACACUGGGAACAGUACAGUCUCCAAACCCCCCUCCACUAUGACCAGUAAGCCUGCCACCCUCACCACCUCCAGUGCAACCAGUAAGUUGAUCCACCCUGAUGAGGAUAUCUCACUGGAAGAGUUGCGAGCUCAGUUGCCCAGGUACCAGCGCAGUAUUCACCGCCAAGGCCAGCCAACUGCUGCUGCCCCCUCAGCAGGUCCCAUGGGAGGCAUGAUGGCUUCUCAACAGCCUGGCUUGAGGCAUCCCAUACCAAGCCAGUAUGGUGGUCCACCACAGGGGAUGCCAGGUUACAUACCUGGAGGAAUGCCUCCAUAUGGACAGGCCCCUCCUGUGGGUCCUCCAGGGUAUCAGGGAGCCCCUCCAAGGCCGCCCAUGGGAAUGAGACCGCCUGUCAUGUCUCCCGGAGGCCGCUACUGAAGCCUGCCUUCCUCUCUUCUAUAGGUUUGGACACUCAACCCUUUUCUAAUGUCCUCAGCUGCUUGUAGACAAACCAGUAUUGGUAUUAUAGAACCACCGUGUACUAUUCUACUACUGAGCUAUGGAGAAGAGGCACUGAAUAAACAGCAAACAAGAGAUAUAAAAGCAUCACUGAGCGCAUGGGAAAGUUUUACACUGUACCUAACCAAGAAUAUUAACUGUUGUUCAAACUAUCUCUGUUCUUUGGCUUUUUUUCUUCUCAUGUUUCAUUUAGGUGUGUAGAAGUGUAAUAGAUAUGGUUCGUAGUGUUGUGAAGGCGCUGGACUUACAUGGGCAGUACCCACCAAUUAUCAAGGCAAGUUUUUUGCAAAGACAUUUCUGUUCUAAGUGAGGCCUUCACAGCACAUAGUGCUGUUGGACUUUGCGUCCCCAACUUUGUUUGGUGAGGGCUUCAAGUACCUGUUAGGCAUUCAUUCUGUUUUGUGCUAACAAUUUAAUGAAGAAAUACCCCCUUAACCUUAACUCAAUGAUCUAGUAACUGUAUUGUUGUAAAACUGUAUUGUAAUAAAAUGUGGCAAAAUCGUAAGACUCUUCAUUGCUGGACGUAAGUGGGAAAAGAGACGUCACAGCAGGUUUGUACUUCAGUGAUUAACUACACAGUGACUGUGCUUUUGUUGUUUUGAAGAUGAACAAUGAAGACCAAUAGCAGAAACACUUUGACUUGAAAUUAAAAUGUUGUUAAAUGUUUUCUUGUGACUAUAAGCAGAACUUUGAAAUCAUCAUAUUUGUAAAUGGUUUUUUGAUGCUCUGUACAUUGCACCGACAGACUGGCUUUGUCAAACACAGAGUGCAAUGUGCAGCUGCAUAACUUCUGGGUCGCUAGUGGCUGUGGCUAAAACCCAGAUUUCUCUUCUCCCUUUAGCAAUGCCACGGGGGACUGGCUGAGGCCCUGUCUCAGUGUAGCCCUGUUUCAGCCUGAGGCAAGUCUCACCAUUUUCUGUCUUCUCACUCAUUAACAGGGGCCCUCACAGCGAACACGCUGUUGGAUCUCCGAGUCCCCAAACUUGCAGCAAGUUUGGUGAAGGCCCUUGUUUGUGUUGUUGCGUUUAGGUACCAUGUCCUUCAGGCUUGUUAGCUCAUGUGGAUUAUAUUCCUUCUUGUUAACCUGUAUCUUCCAUUAUUUACUGGUGAAAGUGGCAGGAAGCUCUGUUUUAAUUUUGUAGCUCUUUAUAGAAUGUAUAGAGCUUUUAAAUUAAACUAUUCCUUUUGAAGCUUUUGAUAAUAACUUGUCCUACAGUCCACAACACUUUACUGAUGACUUGGUCCAAAGUUAUUUGAUAACAGUCUGUCACCUGCAGCCAUAUGUACAUAUAUUAAAUGUGUGUUGAGGUUUGUGAUGAACACAUGACUAUUCAUAUGCUUGUAAAUGGCUUCAUCACUUGAUCCUGUUUGUUUCAUCAGCUUUCCUCACUUGGUCAUUUGAAUUAACUUCUUACAUGAAGGAGAAUCUCUCCCAGUAACAGGUUAGUUAAAGCUGUAAGUACCACUGCCAUACUUAUAAUCACCGUCGACCUGUGUUUUGUGUGCACACAUAAUAAGAUCUUUAUUUAGGUCUUUUUGCAAAACAAUGUAAGCCAACCACAAUCCUCAAGCAGUUUACACUAAUGGCAGCAUUCAUUAUGAUCUCAAGGAAUGUCUUAAGAAAUCCUAGAUACUACUUGAGUGUGUGACACUUUUUCUGAUUCUGCUACCAAAUGUGAUCAGCAUCUCAAAGUAAAUUUUGGUGGAAUUAACUUCUAUUCAAACCAUGAAUUUUCAUACAGGAAAUCUUCUUUGGUAAGUAUAGGGUAAGGAUUCUUGGUGCGUAGAAAAGAUAUUUUACCUGCUCAAGAAUUUUUUCCCCACCUUCCUUGUCUACAACUUGUCAGUAAAUAUGAUGGUGGACUGAAGCUCCUGAAGAGUUAAGGGAAAAAAACCUUAAGCCUAAUCAUGAAUAUUUGUUGUCGCAUCUUUCCUGUGUAGCAAUCUAGAAAGUUUUAUUUGUUGAUUUCUGUGCCAAAGUCUGUUUACUCUUUUUUUUUUUAAUAAACCAUUUCCUAAACUUG